GUCAACUCCUCUUUCUUCAACGAUUGCACGCAGUGCACUGUUCAACGGACUACUUGAAAAGCUUGCCAAAGAUUUCCCUCCGCAUGACCUUUCUUUCCCUCUUUGUUCUCGUGACCUCCCUCUUCCUACAACGGCUUAAACAGAGGACCGCCAAAGCCUGGUAGACUCGCAUGGGAUGUCUGAGCCGCCGAGAAUCUAGCCACUUUCCAAGUGCGGUCCGACCACGAGGGUUGUGGGUGUGGAUCUAGAAAUGCUUGUCCAUCCGCGAAGGCUCAUUAGGCCUUCUCCCUUUUACCUCGCUCAAACUUCAAGGGCAUGUCUUCUGUUGGAUUACUACGCACUCUAUCCGCUUAGGGACUCGCGCUCUUCUUGCUGGGCUGGGGGCUCUCGCACUCAUCACACACGCCGUGUAUCUCUGCACACCAGGGGUGGUGGUUCGACUUGGAUGUGCCUUCUGUAUCCGGCUCAACGCAUUGCGCUUCGGCCACUCAGGAGGAACCAACACACAUCGUUCAGAGUUGUCCGGAUCUUUGUCGUUGUUUAUUGGGCCCGGCAAGAGAGGGAGGGAGCGAGAAUGGAUGAGAACUCUUGGUAAGCUGAGUUGCCAAAAAUCGAUUCGAAGAGCAAGAAUACGAAACCAAUCUACGUGAUUCUGGGAAGUGUUGGGCUAAGUCAUACUAUCUCACUCAGAAUUGCCGCCGGCGCAUCUGCGGCUCCAUGUAUUCCUCGUGUUUUUGUUCGCAGUACUGUUCUCAUUCGUCCCCCGAAAUUCAUCCACCCGCUCUUUUGUAUGUGGUCUUCU